AUGGGAAAACCUAACCGGAAUUGGAUGUGGCACAUGUAUUCUAACCUGCAUCCUUCUUUGGCAGAGCUUUCCCAGCAGAGGCCUUCUCAUGUCCUUCACCUCCAUGAGCUGGCAGGAAGAAAACUGUCUUGGUUUGUAGGUAGUCAGAUCGAGAAAGACAAGAUUGAAAAUCCCAAAGUAAAACUACUUGUCUCUAGCUCUGGAGAGAGCAGAGUAAAGAAAGAAGAUAAGGUCCAGGUUAAACAGAAGAUGUGGACUGUAUUCUCUCAUACACAAUUGAGUAUAUUCAAUAAUAGAUUUCAGAGGCAGAAAAGUACCUCUGACUUUAGUAGAUACAAAAAACUUUCUGGCAUACUCAACUUCAGCUACAAACUGCUGAUAUCUAGCUCCCAAGAAACUCACCAGCAGUGCCUGCUGAACACAUCUGGAUACCUUCAAAUAUGGACUGGCCAGACAUGGAACAAUCUAACAUGGAGGGACUGGACCUAG